CCGGGGACCCCGUUAUCCAUGCUUAAUUCCAAGUCAAAUUCGAUGGGGCUGGUGUGAGAGCCCGCCUGUCGAAUAUCACACCUAUGGCCAAAAGUUCUGAGGGUCUGGUCGUCCUCAUCCUUGGAGUAACUGGUUACAUUGGUGGUGCCAUUGGUGUUUCCCUUAAAAAGAAACAUCCUACGAGCAUCUACAAGGCCUUCGUUCGUUCUGCGGAAGCCGCGGAAGCCGUUAAGGCUGCUGGCUUUGAGGUCGUUCAAGGCACUGGGAACGCCGAAUGGGACAGAAACGUCGUUGCGAAGGAAGCGGCGGACGCGGAUGUUGUUAUCAAUACUGCAGACGCCGACGAUCUCGAGCUAGUUAAUUCCAUCCUAGAAGCACUCAAGAACAGCGUUAAGGAGCUUCCGAUCCUGAUUCAUACGAGUGGCACUGGCGUUUUGGCGGAUUUGCCCACUGGCGGCUUUCAAGAAACUGCAAAGAAAAUUUGGGAUGACAGCAAACCUGAGGAUAUUAAAGCAAUAGGUCCCAACCAACCCCAUCGUAACGUUGAUCUAGCCAUCUUCAAUGCAGGGAAGGAGGAUUACUUCAUCGGUUACAUCAUUGCUCCGUCUACGAUUUAUGGCGUCGCCUUCGACAAUCCGGGUAACCGCAUCUCUCAGCAGAUCCCUGCGCUGAUUCGAGCGUCUGUGGAGCGUCAUCAGACUGUUUAUGGUGGCGAAGGUACCAAUGUCUGGAACAACGUUCAUGUUUUCGACCUCGCGGACCUUUACAUUCUGAUAUUUGAGAAGGCCCUCAGCGAGCGUGCUAGGGGAAAACCCACCUCUUCCGAUCCCUACGAACGCUUCUAUUUUGGCUCUGUGCGGUCUCAUGCCUGGGGCGACGUUGCGAAACGCCUUGCAACUAUCCUGUACGGAAAAGGGGUGGUAGAUAACGAUAAGGCGAUCAGCAUUGCCGCAAAGGAAUUGCCCAAGGCGAUUACGGUAAAUUCGCAAAGCGUAAGUAAUAGAGGCCUUUUUGAUGGUUGGACACCCAGCCGUGCAAAACUUGAGGACACGCUCGAAGAAGAUGCUGUUGCUACGUUGGCGCAGCUUGGAGUGAGGUAGUUAAAUGAAUAGGUAGAAAAUUCUAAUUCUGGCGUAUAUCAUUGUAUGUAUCGAAUGAGAUCUACUCUGUC